ACCCUCGGGUUUGUUUUGAAUUUCUUUAAACCAAUCACACAUGUCAUUGGCGGGCUAAAUGAAGGAUGCAGCUUCAGUAUUCCCUCAAAAUAGUGAUGGUUUGAAUAGUUGUGGUGGAAUAUUUACAUGAAGGGAGGUGAGCACUAUGAUUAAAAUGGAUAGUUUUCUGAGAAAAACUAGCAGAGCUGCCUUACUGCAUGAUCCAAACCUUGGGGGAAAACUUUAAAUUUUCACUGUGGUAGGUGGUUGUUAUAGUUCCACUGAGACAGUUAUGUCAAGUACAGUCGAGUGACUCAAUUAUAGAUUUUGUUGCUUCAUGACAUGAUUUUGAAACAGCCCACAAAAUGUGUGAUGAUGACAGGUAAUGAAAUUGUUGAUUCUGCUUGUGGAACGUUGUCCCACUUGGCCUGAAGGGCUUGGAGGACAUUGUGAGGGACAAAAUCACUUUGUUUGGACAAGUCCAUCCAGAGCAUCAUGUGGCAGGUUGUCUAUACGAUCACACUGCCUGAUUGAUACAGUGGAUGUGUGGAUAUCCAGGUGCAGUGGCGGCUGGCCAAUAGAGGGCGCUCGGGCGCCACUCCACGGGGCUUUUGAUUUUUCAUUCUUAAAAUAAAUAUUUUUUUAAAAUAAACAAUAAUCAGUUCUUUUUAGCACCAUGUGUGUACAUGACAUGUAAUUCGCAAUUACAUGUCAUGUACAAAAUAUUAAUUAGAUUUUUCGGGGAAAAUAGUUUCCUGCUCGUCUCUGCUGAGCUGCUGGGGCGCCACAGAAACUGCCCCUCUAGUGCAGCAAAGCAACCAAUUACCGACAAGAGAUUCGACAUAGCAACAGAAAUUUAUCCAAUCAGAGUCGUCGAAUCUGAUGCCCAGAGGGGCGAAAUUGAUUCUGCCCCAAGCCAAGUGAGCAUGAGUGAUUGCAGUGGGUGACUGUGACAGUGACAAUGAUGGGCGACAUGGACGGUGAAAGUGUACGAUCUCUUCUCCUAAAUCCAUUUGAAAGGAGAACAUUGAUGGAAAAACUCGAAAUAAAGCAGCGAGGCCCAGAUCAACCUAAUAUCAAAAUAAGUCAGCAAACCAGCGACAAAGGUAAACUGUAUACAAGAGGCUUCUCUCGGAAUUGGUACAAGAGGAAGGCUUGGCUAGCUGGAUGCAGUCAUGCAAAUGCUUUAUACUGCUUCCCGUGUUUGCUCUUUAAAACGGCUGGGACAGACACGGCAUGGACUGUUUCAGGAGUAAGAGAUAUGAAACAUUUAUCUGAGAAAAUAAAGAAACACGAGAGUACGAGGGCACAUAUGGAGAACACCGUUAAGCUAACGAUGCUAGGCAAGGCUAACAUCGCAACGCAGUUAGAUGAAGGGCACAGGCUUGGUGUGAGGAAGCACAAUGAAGAGAUGGACAGGAACUGGCACAUUUUGGCUAAGAUAAUAGACUGCAUUAAAUUCUGCGGGGCAUUUGAGCUGGCUUUACGUGGCCACAAUGAGACGGAAUCUUCAGACAACCCAGGUGUGUUUAUGGGCUUAGUCGAUCUGGUCGCAUCGCUUGAUACCGUGCUGGAGGAGUACCUGAAGACAGCGACAGUUUUCAGAGGCACCUCAAAGACUGUGCAGAACGAACUGCUCGACUGCAUGUUGUCAGUACUCAAGACCCGCAUUCUCGAGGAAGUAAAAAGUGCGGAUUAUCUUGCUAUUCAGGCUGAGACAACUGACAUUUCCAUCCGUUGCCAGUUUGUGCUUGUGCUAAGAUACAUUGACACUCAAAACAACAUUCAAGAGCGUUUUUCAAGUUCAUCCCUCUUCAAAAUGCUGCCGCUGACACGAUCGCCACAGCGCUGUUGGAGAGGCUGAGCAUCAUCCUCCCUCCCGGACAGGAGAGUAAGCUGAUCGCCCAGGCUUAUGAUGGGGCUGCAGUAAUGAUGGGAGCCACAAGUGGAGUGCAGCUCAACCUCAUCAUGCAGCAGGCAACAUCACAUAUCCCCAGAGUCAGGGCUUUUUUUUUUUCAGACCUUGGGGGAUUUGCUGCGUUCUUCUCCCGCUCAUUCAAACGAACCACUGUGCUUGACCAAACAGUGGCUCACAGACUUCCAGGGACUUCAACAACCAGAUGGCACUUUCAUAGCCGUGCUGUUAACACAGUGUUUGAACACAAGGAUGACCUCAUCCAGUGUUUCCAAACUAUCAGAGACUCAGGUGACUUUGAUCCAAUCACUGUCAGAGAGGCAGGGGGCUUUAUGAGAAUGCUGGAGGAAGAAGAUUUCUGCUUUCUCCUGGCCUUGUUUCACAAGAUCAUGCCACAUGUGGACAUGCUGUUUAACCAGCAUCGAUGUUCCAAGAGGAACAUCGAUGCUGUCUACAUCACAGGAGUCAUCCAGACAUUCACCAACAGCAUGCAAAAGAUCAAGGAUUCCAUUCCUUCUCUGAGUGAGGAAUACAGCGCAUCUGUGCAGCAGCACUCCACAAAGAGGAGGAGGAAAUUUGGACAGGGAGAACGACAGCAGUUGGCUUCAGAGGUAUGUGGUACCAUUCUGAGCCAUGCCAAAGAGCGGUUCUCAUUUACCAAGCACCUCAUCAGCGUCACUCUACAUGGAGACUUGUUUGUGCAACACACUGCGCAGUUUCCAGAAGCAGCACUGGAAACUACCGUGGAGGCCUACCCCAUGUUGAACAAAGCCAAGCUGAGAACAGAGCUAUCCCUCAUCUAUGAGAACUAUGAGUUCAAGGCCUGCAGUGGUGCACUGACUCUGUUCCAGUUUUUCAUGGAGAACAACCUUCAGAACACGUUCACUGAGACUGUAAGUCUUCUCAAGAUUCUCAUCACUACGCCAAUGACAACAGCAGAAUCAGAAAGAUGAUUCUCCACUUUAAAGAGAAUCAAAACUUUCCUAAGGAACACCAUGACGCAGGGUCGACUGAAUGCGCUGGCCAUGCUCUCCAUGGAGAAAAAACUUGUCAGAAACAUUCCUGACUUUAAUAAGAGGGUCAUUGAGUGCUUUGUCACACAGAAGGACAGAAGGGCAAAAUUCCAGUACAGAUAAGACACACACACACACACACACACACACACACACACACACACACACACACACACACACACACACACACACACACACACACACACACGGACAAAAAUGAUGGCACCCUUAAUUCAAUCUUAACUUUGUAUUUUGUUACACGGUGUUGUUGAGCCAGUCACUGCAGUCAGGUGAUUUCUGUAACUCUCAGUGAGACUUCUGCACGUGUCGACUCCUGGUGAGCAAACUGCUCCAGCUGUCUCAGGUGUGAAGGCUGUCCUUCUCCAGACUGCAUGUUUCAGCUGCUUCCACAGAUGUUUAGUAGGAUUCAGGGCUCAUUGAAGGCCACUUCAGAACAGUUCAGUGUGUUGUUCUUAGCCAUUCUUCAGUGUGUAACUGUGUGUUUCAGGUCAGUGUGUCUUCACUUUGUAUGCUUCCCUUGACCAGAUUUUUCUUUGUAUAAAGCUGACUUUAGCACAAUACAUCAUCCAGCAAUGUAUUGCACUUAGUAUUUUUAAAUAUUUUGCUCAUAAAUAAUUAUUAUUUCACAGAGCACUGAUAUCCUGCCGUUUCUGUUCAGUUGUAUUGGGAUGGUUACUGAAACUGACUUGAUAUGGCACAGCCCCACCUAGAAUAUUUUUCACCAGCCGCCACUGUCCAGGUGUAUUGUCAUGGUUCUGACUGAUCCAUUAUUAAGCAACAAAACACUUUUUGUGCAGUUUCUUAAUAACUAUAACAGAAGUGUGUUUUUAAAGCCUCUUUUGAAAUUGAAAAGAAAACUUACAGCAAGCGGCUUUUAUUUUUUUGUUUAGCGUACUUUAUGUUGAAAGUCCUGACAAGAAGUUCAGUCUUCUUCGUCGCUGCCAUAGACAUAUAUACAUAGACGCCUCAUAGGCUGUCGAGAGACGUGCUUACAGCGCCGCCAUCUUGAAACGGGGCCAGCGGAGGCAGCGGUGCAUAGACAUCUACGGAGGCCAGAGGUACUGCUGAAUCUCAAAGUGGAAUUAUUCGCUGAAUUUUGAACCGAUUGCCAAACUGUUUGAUUUUUUAGAAACGUCACAGGUUUAGCUACUAUACAAGCUGCUCGAAUAUUUUUACAAUGCUGGUUUUGCCACUCAACACUUAAGCUACACAGUAUCUCCCUCUGACUCCAGCAUAGUUAUUUAAAGAUGCCGGACUUCUGUUCAGCCUAUGGAUGCUCUAAUGAGCGCUGUAAGGAAACAAGAGCUUGUGGGAUUACUUUUCACAUGUAAGAUGUAUGUAAGGAAUAAUAUAUUGUUAGCAGGUUGUCAUAGCUAGAGUGAAAUAAACGCCGACAAGACGGAUAGAACCCCAUCAGGUCCGUGUCUGGCUUCUACCCAUGAUCUAACCAGCUCUCUACGUCAUCCUGUGUAUUACACAGCUGAUUACCGGUGAAAUAACUAAUUUUUUGUUUAAAAUUCGAUGUUAUGAAUCUAGUGAUCCUAGCAACAGCCUGUUACAAAGAAAAAACAGACUUACUGCAGUAAUUGGUGGGUUAGAAUACAGCAUCUGAUAGAUUUAAUAAUAGCCCUGAUUUAUGAUGGAAUCAUUUUUGUUGCAGACAAUUCUUUAUCUCUGGCUACUUUUCUCACAUGUUUAAGCUUUCCCAAAGAACGUGAUUUAUACACGUGAUAUAAUAGUAAUAGUAGUAGUACUAAUAACAGUAAUAAUAAUAAUAACGAUAAAAAAUAAUAGUAAUAUAGCAGUAAUAAUAGUAAUAAUAAUAACUGAUAUAAUAGUAAUAGUAGUAGUAGUAGUAGUAAUAAUAGUAAGUAAUUAUAAUAGUAAUAAUAAUAAUUAAUAAUAGAAGUAAUAAUAAUCAUAAUAAUACCAGUAACUGUAAUAUAAAAAUAAUAAACAAUAAUCAUACAAUAUUAUGGGAAUAUAAUGAUAAUUAUAUGAAUAGCAAUAACAGUAAUACAGUAGUACAAUAAUACAAAAAUAAUAAUUGUACUCCAAUGCAAUGUAAAGCUGUAAAUGUGAAGUUAAUAAAAACCUGAGCACAUCUGAA